CCGGUGGUGUGCGCCGCGGAGCUCGCCGGCGGCGCCUCGGGCUCGGGGCGGCUCUGAGCCACGCCGCCUGCGGGGAUCGACCUAGCUGCUCCGCGGAGCCGCGGGCAGGAACCGAGGACCAGGAGGCGGCGGCGGCUAUUCCUCCCAGAGGGCGAUGUGGCCGGCCGGCGCGGGCACCAGGCUGCCCUGUCCCCGGGACUCUGCGCUCCGGCGGGCGGCUUUCUCCGGGAACCUCAACGCCCUGCCUUCUCACCUCGUGCCCGCCGGGCGAAGCGUGCGGGUCUUCAUCAGCGCCAACCCUGAAGACACAGGAGCAGAAAGACAGGCACUAAGAGAAAAUGUGUAUCCUAAAUUGAGAGAAUUCUGCAGAGAAAACUAUGGAUUAGAAUUUCAGGUCAUAGAUCUCUACUGGGGCAUCGAUGAGGACGAGUGGGACAGCCCCGAGCUCCAGAAGACACGCAUGAAGCAGCUGGAGGAGUGUUUGAAAACUUCCGCAGGUCCAUGUUUUGUUGGACUAUUAGGAGAAAAAUAUGGGAACAUCCGAAUCCCCGGAGAAGUCGAAGCCUCGGAGUUUGAAAUGAUCUUGGAUGCUGCCAUAGAGGCAAAGCUGGAGACGAAGCUCCUGGAAGAGUGGUACUGUCGCGAUGAGAACUCGGUGCCAGCGGCUUAUUACCUCAGACCUAAGUCAGAAAUGCUGCAAAGCAAUAAAAAUGCAAUGCAGCCUUCUGCCAAAGCCAACAAUGAGAAGACCUGGCAAGAGAUAUCAGAUGAGAUCAAGAAGAUAUUCAAGGCUGCUGUAAAACUGUUACAUGAAAAGGGGAAAAUGAAAUAUAGCCAAGCUAAGAGGUACCUGUUCUCAGCGAUAGAGGACGAGUUUGACUUUGCUCUAGGAAAGCAAACUCCAGCAUUCCUAAAGAAGUGUGUCUGCUACAUUCGGAAAAUUGCUAACAUCGAACGUUUUGUGAAAAUCCCAGAGAUGGGAAAGUACAUGGAUAUAACUGGAGCAGAACCAAGGAUUAUGCGGGACGCAGAAGCCCAAGAGAAGCUGAUAAAACUCAGGGAUGAAUUUAUUCCUACUAUUGUUGCGUCAUCUAAUCUGAGAGUGUACACGUCGGUUACUCAUUGCGACAUGAAACUGGGAUAUUCCCAAGAAAUAGAAAAUCAUUACAUAGAAGGACUCGGUAAGCAAUUUUAUGAGGACAUGAUCGAUAUAAUUCAGGCAACCGUUCAACAGAAUUUUGACACCGAAACUGACACGCUCUACGAUGAAAUCCUCCAGCAUUCGUCAUUAUGUAAGACAUACGCCUCCUUCUAUGAGUACAAAUGUGAGUCUCUCAACAUAGUGCAUAAAUAUGUUCUUCCGAGCAAAACUGGGCACAUCAACCCUCUCGUCAUUUACGGCGGACCAUGUACCGGGAAGACCCUCCUGCUGGCUGAGGUGGCAAAGAAGGCUUAUGGCUGGCUACAUGAAGACACAGGACCAGAAUCUGACCCAGUAGUCGUCGUGAGAUUUCUAGGAACCACAGACAUGAGUACUGACCUUAAGACUCUCCUUCUAAGCGUUUGUGAACAAUUGGCAGUUAACUACCGGUGUCUGGUUCAAAGCUAUCCUAAGAAAAUCCAUGACCUUCGUGACUUAUUCAUAAACCUUUUGAAUGAGUCUUCAUUGCAGAGACCUCUAGUAAUAAUAUUCGAUGCCCUAGAGCAGCUCUCAGAGGGUGAUGAGGCCAGGAAGCUUUGGUGGCUCCCAGCUCACCUUCCCCGCUUUGUUCGAAUAGUCCUGUCCACACUGCCCAACAGACAUGGAAUCUUACAGAAACUGAGGUGCCUUAUCCACGAAGAAGCCAACUACAUCGAGCUGAUUCCCCGGGACAGGAAGAUGUGCAGCCAGGUCCUCAAACACCAGCUGCUGCGGGUCAAAAGGAAGGUCACAUCAGGCCAGCAGAUUUAUGUGAACAACGCAUUCUCCAAGUGCACGCUGCCCAUGUUUGUGAACCUGACCUUCAGGGAGGUGAGGCAUUGGAGAUCUCAUAAAGACGUCGAUGAAUCCUCCCUCUGUGUCACCGUUCAUGAAAGUAUUGAGCAGCUAUUCUGGUCCUUGGAAAAGAAGUGUGGUCAGAAACUGGUCUCUAGGGCUCUUGGUUACAUCACCAUGGCCAAAAUGGGUUUGAGUGAAAUGGAACUGGAGGAUGUGUUGGCCCUAGACAACAGUGUCAUGAAUGAGCUCAAUGAGAACGCUAGGCCCAGCAAUCCCCUGAGAGUACCUUAUCUGUACAUCGCGAGGCUCAAGGAGGGUCUCAGCGGAUACUUGAUAGAAAGACACGUGAAGAACGUCACACUCCUGGUCUGGGCCAACAGACACCUGCAGCUCAUAGCCCAGAAGUUGUAUCUGCAGGACGACAGUGACCUGCGUGAAAUGCACACCAACCUGGCAGACUACUUCCUGGGAGUCUGGUCAGGGGGCAGGAGGAAAGCUUUCUGCCUCGAAGAUCCCUACUUGAAUGGCUGCCUUGACUUGGAGAGCAGAAGCCUGCUGGAGGAAGAAAAGCACUUCAUGGAACAGGCCUCCUUUGACAGACAGGCUCCAGACCAGCCCUGGGUUUUCCAGUGUAAUCCCCUGGAGCCGGACAUCUUUUUCGUCAAUCAUCGGAAAAUGUCUGAGCUCUUGCACCACCUGACAAGGUGUGGAAAAACCGAAGACCUGCUUUACGGAAUCAUCAUGAACUUCAGCUGGCUUUACACCAUGAUCAAAAUCGGCCAGUUCGACAAAGUGCUUUCAGACAUCGAGCUGGCUUACACCUACUCUCAAGAGAAGGAGCUGAAGUUCCUGGCGAGCACUCUCCGUGGCAUCAAAAACAAGGUCACUGCAUUUCCGGGCUCCCUUUCAGCAGAGCUUCAGCAAAGACUGCUGCCUGUCGUGAGUUCCCUGCCCAAACUUAGACACCUCCUUUUAGAAUGUGACAAAGACGGGCCCAAAUAUUGCUCCAUUGUGCCGUUACAUUCAUCCAUGGACGUGACAUAUAGCCCGGAGCGUCUUCCUUUGUCAUCUAGUCACCUGCAUGUCACCGAGAUUCUGCCCACCUGUAACCCGAGUACUGUCCUUGCAGCUUUAGAAAAUGGUUCCAUCAGCACGUGGGAUGUGGAAACUCGUCAGCUGCUCAGGCAAAUCACCACAGCCCAGUCUGUCAUCCUGGGCAUGAAACUCACCAGUGACGAGAAGUAUCUUGUGGUGGCUACGACAAAUAACACCUUGUUGGUUUAUGACAAUGUGAAUUCUUGUCUUCUGUCUGAAGUGGAAAUCAAAGGGACCAAGCACGGAAGCGGCUCCACCUACAUCAAUGGAUUUACCCUGUCGGUCAACCACGCCCUUGCGUGGCUUGAAGCCAGCAAAGAUGUCACUGUCAUCGAUCUGCUCUACGGAUGGCCCCUUUACCAGUUCCACUGCUGGUACGAAGUGACCUGUGUCCAGUGCUCUCUGGAUGGCAUGUAUGCUUUCUGUGGACAGUACCUGAACACCACUACCAUAUUUCAUUUAGGGAGUGGAGAAAAGUUAUGUACAGUGACAUCUGAAUUUUCGGGUGGGUUUGUGAAGUUUCUUCUUAUCUUGGACACGGCUCGAGAAAUGGUAAUGGUAGAUAGUGAGGGAAGCCUUUCUGUUUGGAAUACUGAGGACAUUUCCAGUCCCCAGCUGACUGACGACUUUGACUGCAGAAGAGAAGACAGCGAGGUGGUCAGCAUAGAACUUUCAGAGGACCAAAACGCAAUUCUGAUCUGUAAAGCCCUCAGCAUCGAGCUCUUAGAUACUGGCAUGUGGAAGGUGGCUGAAAAGUUCAGAGCUAAGCACAAUGAACGCUUUAUAUCUGCUGUGCUGUCCAAGAAUGGAGACUGCAUCAUCGCGACCAUGGAAAAUACCUCAGCUGUGUUUUUUUGGAGGCGGGACACGGGACAAUGUAUGGCAAGCUUACAGGAAAUCUCAGGGACCAUCGUCAAGUUGGUGAAAUCUAGUCACCACAACAUGCUGCUAUCUUUAUCAACCAGUGGUGUUCUUUCCAUCUGGGAUAUAGAUAUAAUCACGGCUAUGUCCAACAUAGAUAAGACUGGGAAGCCCAUCCAAAGCCUGGUGUUACCUGCUAGAGGGGAAAUCAUUUAUUCCCUCGAUGGCUCUGAUUGUGUCCAUAAGUGGAAUUUCAGCAGUGGGUUCCUUGAAGCAGUGUUUAAGCAUGAAGGAAUAGUCGAACACUGCGUGUUGACAUCUUCUGGAGAUGUAAUGGUGACCUCAGAUGACAAAAGCAGCCAGUAUGUCUGGCACACCAGCAGUGGCGAAAACCUCUUCCGAAUUAACGGGCAGAGAAUAUCUCAGCUGCUAAUUACACACAAUGACCAGUUUGUGGUCUCUCUGUGUGAGGAAAAUGCCUCCAGGGUUUGGAGACUGGCCACAGGCCACAGGGUCUGCAACAUUUUGACCACUUUGCAGAAUGCCUUUAUCACCUCAGCGAAUACCUUCGUGGUGGGAAUGACCAAAAGCAAAGUGCUGGCGGUCAGUCUCUGGACCGGAAGCAUCACCAAGAAAUUUUGUUGUGAAGACGGCACGACCAUUGUAAGCUUUAAGUUGAUCCCUGACUGUCCUGACAUCAUUGUGUUUAUCACAUCGGCCGAGACCGUGAAUAUCUGGAGUCUGACCGAUGAGGUGAUCUGUCGCCGUGUGCAGCUUCCCAACAACUUCUUGAAGAAUCUGGAGGAUUUCGAAAUUUCUCCCAACGGAAAGCUAGGCAUUAUAUCCAGGGGAGACGACAAUAUCAACGUACUGGAUUUACACAGCGGUAAGUUACGGGUGGUUCACGCCUCUGGGGUCAUCUGGCGGCAAAGGCUGUCUCGAGAUGGUCGCUACCUGGUAUACAUUUGUUUCCGAAACGGGGAGGAAGAGGACGAGAACGGCGUGAUAUCCAGUUUGAUUGUAAUGAGGCUGGCUGACGGCAAAAUUAUCGGUGCUUGUUCCCUUUACAAAACGCCAACUUUUCUCGCCCUCUCACAGAGGCACCUGAACAUCAUAGUGGGUUUUGAUGAUGGCAGUAUAGGGAUAUACACAGUGGUCGACCGUGUGGAUGCUGCACUGAAAAUCAAGAUCGCCACGUCAAAUAGCAGGCAGAUUUUCAACAACGCGACACAGGCCUCCCGGCCGAAGUGUAGCAGUUACUGUUUCAAAGUGUCUGUGGAUUGCUUAUGGAGAGAGUCUACUGAGGUCUUUGCCAGAGACAGUCCCAUCACGGUGAGCGACUCCACUGAGCCCAAUGAGGCGACACCCUCCAAGAAACACAAUCCCUGCUGUGACCGCGGGUGCUCCGCCCUGGAAUCCAGGGGCCACAGCUAUGCCCCCGACAACUGA